GUAUUUAUUAUUAUGAAAAUUCUAAGUUGGAAUUGUCGUGGAAUAGGGAGCAAAUAUACAAUUAGCUAUUUGAGAGAAAUUUGGCACAAACAUAGACCGAUGUUUCUCUUUUUAUCGGAAACAAAACAAUGUUUUAACUUUGUUCAAAAUCUUCAGUUUCAUUUUGGGUACAAAUAUUUGCACACAGUGGAUCCUAAUGGAAGAAGUGGAGGAUUGGCUCUUUAUCAUAGUCAUGACUCUCCGGUCACAAUACUUUAUUCGAGUAAUCGGAUUAUAGAUAUUGAAACAAGCUAUAAAGGAAAAACUAUUUUUAUUUCUUUUGUAUAUGGGGAGCCGGUUCAGGGUCUGCGUGAUUAUGUUUGGGAACGCCUUACACGAAUUGAUAUUACCAGAGUGGAGCCAUGGUUUGUUAUUGGGGAUCUCAAUGAAAUAACAGGUAAUCAUGAAAAGGAUGGGGGAGCGAUUCGCCAUGCAUCAACCUUUCUUCAAUUUAAUAAUAUGAUUGCAAACUGUGGUCUUCUGGAAUUUCCUUCAAAAGGAAAUACUUUGUCAUGGAGUGGGAAGCGACAAGGACAAACGGUCCGGUGUCGAUUAGAUCGGGCUUUAAGAAAUGUCGAAUGGCAUAAUAUGUUCCCGUCAGCUUUUGUGGAAUAUUUAGGAAUGAUCGGAUCAGAUCACAGGCCCAUUGUUGCAAGUUUAGAUGAGAAAUUAAUCAAAGUAAGGAAACAAUUCCGGUUUGAUAAGCGAUGGAUUGGUAUGGAGGGGCUUAUGGAUUUCAUUGCACAGGGGUGGUCUACGGAAAAUCCACGGUAUAAUUCGGGUGUUGUAGAUAAAAUAGUAAAUUGUCGACACGGAAUUUUGGUUUGGAGGAAAAAUAACCCUCCCUAUGGUAAGGAAAAAAUAAAUUCGUUGCAGAAGGCUUUGGAAGAAAUUCAGGGUGACAAUACUAAAACGUAUGAGGAGGUAUUAGAGGUAUCCAGGAAGUUAAAGGAAGCUUAUAGGGAUGAAGAACUUUAUUGGGAACAGAAAAGUAGAACGACUUGGCAUGCUAAAGGGGAUCGAAAUACUAAAUUUUAUCAUGCGCUUACUAAACAGAGGCAAAUCCAGAAUAAAAUUGUGGGGUUGCAUAAUAGUGGGGGUGACUGGGUUACAUCGGAAGAGGAGAUAUAAGGAGUUGCAGUUGAUUAUUUUAACGAUUUGUUUUCAACGACAUCACCAGUGGGUUAUGAAGAAUUUUUACAUGCGGUACCUACUCUGAUCACCGAGGAUUUGAAUAGGAUUUUAACUUCCUGGGCCUCAGAAGAGGAAGUGAGAUCAGCUUUAUUUAUGAUGCACCCAGAGAAGGCCCCUGGACCGGAUGGGAUGACGGCUUUGUUCUUUCAACAGGCAUGGUCGAUCAUCAAAAAAGAUAUUAUUGACAUGGUUAAUGAGUUCUUCAGGUCUGGAUCUGUGGAUGAAAGAAUAAAUAUGACCAAUAUUUGUCUUAUUCCAAAGACUUUAAGACCGAGUAGAAUGACGGAACUGCGUCCCAUCAGUUUAUGUAAUGUAGGUUAUAAAAUUAUUUCGAAGGUGUUGUGUCAACGGUUGAAGAGGUUUUUACCUCACCUGAUCUCGGAAACACAAUCUGCUUUUGUUUCUGGGCGAUUGAUCUCUGAUAACAUUUUAAUUGCACAAGAGAUGUUUCAUGGAUUGAGGACAAAUAAUUCAUGUAAAGAGAAGUUUUUGGCUAUAAAAACGGAUAUGAGUAAGGCAUAUGAUAGAGUUGAAUGGCCUUUUAUUGAAGCUAUAUUACUAAAGCUGGGUUUUGCACAACAAUGGGUUUCUCGGAUAAUGGCUUGCAUUUCUUCGGUACAAUAUAAAGUAUUAAUUAAUGGUCAACCAAAAGGACAUAUUAUACCGAAUAGAGGUUUGCGACAAGGGGAUCAUUUAUCGCCUUAUUUAUUUAUUUUAUGUACCGAAGCAUUAAUCGCAAAUAUUAGGAAGAAAGAAGAGGAAAAAAUGUUAACUGGGCUAAAGGUUGCACGUGCAAGUCCGGCAAUAUCUCACCUAUUAUUUGCGGAUGACAGUCUUUUUUUCUGUAAAGCUAAUAGGCAAGAAUGUGAGGUUAUUCUACAGAUUCUUAAAGAUUAUGAAUGUGCAUCAGGACAACAGAUUAAUUUUUCAAAAUCAUCCAUACAGUUUGGACAUAAAGUCCCUGAAGUAGCACGGCUGGAGGUUCAACAGAUAUUGGGUAUAACGACACUCGGUGGUAUGGGAACAUAUUUGGGGAUUCCGGAGAGUCUUGGAGGUUCUAAAACACAGAUUUUUGGGUUUCUUAAUGAAAGGGUUAAUCAUAAGGUUAAUCAUUGGACUCUUCGAUUCAUUACGAAGGGUGGAAAGGAGGUCUUGAUUAAAUCAGUGGCAUCUCCUAUGCCAACUCAUGUGAUGUCUUGCUUUCGUUUACCAAAAACGGUGACAAAGAAACUUACGAGUACAGUUGCUCAUUUUUGGUGGGGCGGUAAUGGUAAUUCCAAAGGUAUGCAUUGGUUUUCGUGGGACAAGGGGUGUAAAGAUAAAGCUGAAGGGGGCAUCGGUUUUAGAGAUAUUCAGAAUUUUACUACAGCUUUAUUAGCGAAACAGCUAUGGCGUCUAAUUGAUAAACCUGAUUCGCUUUUUGCAAGAGUUUUCAAAGGACGAUAUUAUCGGAAUUCCGAUCCUUUGGAUCCCAUCAGAUCAUACUCUCCCUCGUAUGGGUGGAGAAGUAUUACAUCCGCUAGAUCUCUGGUUAACAAAUGGCUAAUCAAAAGAGUGGGAACAGGUUCAAGCAUUUCAGUAUGGAAUGAUCCUUGGAUCCCCGCUCCUCGCCCGAGGUCAGCAACCCCAAAAUUUGCAAAUCAAUUUCUGAAUCCAUUACUUAAGGUGGAGGAUCUCAUUAAUCCAGUUGAUCUGUCUUGGAACCUGGAUCUACUCAAUGCAUAUGUUCAUCAGGACGAUGUGAGUACUAUACUGAGUCUAGCCAUUAGUAGGAAUCCUAAGCCGGAUUCAUAUGGCUGGCAUUUUACGGAUCAUGGUAGAUAUACAGUUAAAUCUGGAUAUCGUGCUGAGAAAUCUUAUCCUCAUAUGGGUGAACAAAAUAUUGAUAUGGGACCCAAUACCAAACCGCUAUUGGCUCAUUCGUGGAGGCUGCGGUGCUCACCAAAACUUCAACAUUUUGUCUGGCAAAUAAUUUCGGGUUGCUUACCAGUGUAUAAAAAUCUUUACUCACGUGGUAUUAAAUGUGAUACGCAGUGUCAGUUGUGUGGGGCUGAGGAGGAAUCUAUUAAUCAUGUCUUUUUUGAAUGUCCUUUCGCACUUCAAAUUUGGGCACUAUCUAAUGUUCCAUCUUGCCCAGGGAUUUUCCCGACCUCAUCUAUUUUUACAAACAUGGAUUAUCUAUUCUGGAGGCUACCAAAAGAACCAGAUUUGAAUUGCUUUCCUUGGAUUUUAUGGUUUAUUUGGAAGAAUCGGAAUGGAAAAAUUUAUAGGAAUCAGACAAGGGAUCCUUUCGAGCUCCUUCGGACGGCGGAAAUAGAAAUCGUCAUGUGGACGGAUUCACAGACCAAGGAUUCUCCAUCGGUGGGAUCGUCAUACGAUGUGGAUACCCUUGGUAUGGGUGACAUAAGUAGGUCUCAUAUAGAUGGAGCAUGGAGAGCACAAGAUGUGUGCACAGGACAAGGAUGGGUUUAUAAAGCAAGUGGAUCAACUGAUACUAUGAUGGGUGCCAUGUCUAUUCGCAAAAGUCUAUCACCUUUACAUGCCGAAUGUGAAGCGUUGAUAUGGGCGAUGGAGUGCAUGAAGACCCUACGAAUCUCAGAAGUGGUGUUUGCAACUGACUGCUCUCAACUGGUGAAGAUGGUGUCUACACCAACAUAA